CCUCCCUCUCCUUUCUCCUGCAGGUUACCCCUUCACCAUGAUUCCCUGCAGAGCGGUGCUGACUUUUGCACGCUGUCUGAUCCGGAGAAAAAUCGUCACGCUGGACAGUCUAGAAGAUUCCAAACUCUGCCGCUGCUUAACCACCAUGGACCUCAUUGCCCUGGGGGUCGGAAGCACUCUGGGUGCUGGUGUUUACGUCCUGGCUGGGGAAGUGGCCAAAGCAGAUUCUGGCCCCAGUAUUGUGGUGUCUUUCCUCAUCGCCGCCCUGGCCUCCGUGAUGGCAGGCCUCUGCUAUGCUGAAUUUGGGGCCCGGGUCCCUAAGACUGGAUCUGCAUAUCUCUACACAUACGUCACGGUCGGAGAGCUAUGGGCCUUCAUCACUGGCUGGAAUCUCAUUCUGUCCUAUGUUAUAGGUACAUCCAGUGUCGCAAGAGCGUGGAGUGGCACCUUUGAUGAACUUCUUAAUAAACAGAUUGGUCAGUUUUUCAAGACAUACUUCAAAAUGAAUUAUACCGGCCUGGCGGAGUAUCCAGACUUUUUUGCUGUGUGCCUUAUAUUACUUCUGGCAGGUCUAUUAUCUUUCGGAGUGAAAGAGUCAGCUUGGGUGAAUAAAUUCUUUACAGCUAUUAAUAUCCUGGUCCUGCUCUUUGUCAUGGUGGCUGGGUUUGUGAAAGGAAAUGUGGCUAACUGGAAGAUCAGUGAAGACUUUCUCAAAAACAUAUCAGCAAGUGCCAGAGAACCACCUUCUGAAAACGGAACGAGCAUCUACGGGGCUGGUGGCUUUAUGCCCUAUGGCUUCACGGGCACAUUGGCUGGUGCUGCAACUUGCUUUUAUGCCUUUGUGGGUUUUGACUGCAUUGCAACAACUGGUGAAGAGGUCCGGAAUCCCCAAAAGGCUAUUCCUAUUGGGAUAGUGACGUCCUUGCUUGUUUGCUUUAUGGCCUAUUUUGGGGUUUCUGCAGCUUUAACACUUAUGAUGCCGUACUACCUCCUGGAUGAGAAAAGCCCUCUUCCUGUUGCAUUUGAAUAUGUCGGAUGGGGUCCUGCCAAAUACGUGGUUGCUGCAGGCUCCCUGUGCGCCUUAUCAACAAGUCUUCUUGGAUCCAUUUUCCCAAUGCCUCGUGUAAUCUAUGCUAUGGCGGAGGAUGGGUUGCUUUUCAAAUGUCUAGCUCAAAUCAAUUCCAAAACGAAGACACCAAUAAUUGCUACUUUGUCGUCGGGUGCAGUGGCAGCUUUGAUGGCAUUUCUCUUUGACCUGAAGGCUCUUGUGGACAUGAUGUCUAUCGGGACCCUCAUGGCCUACUCUCUGGUCGCAGCCUGUGUGCUUAUACUCAGGUACCAACCUGGCUUGUGUUAUGAACAGCCCAAAUACAACCCUGAGAAAGAAAUUCUGGAAUCAUGUACCACUGCGACUUCGAAAAGUGAGUCCCAGGUCACCAUGCUGCAAGGACAGGGUUUCAGCCUACGAAUCCUCUUCAGCCCCUCUGCUCUGCCCACACGACAGUCGGCUUCCCUCGUGAGCUUUCUGGUGGGAUUCCUGGCCUUUCUCAUCUUGGGCUUGAGUAUUCUAACCACGUAUGGAGUCCAGGCUAUCGCCAGACUGGAAGCCUGGAGCCUGGCGCUUCUUGCCCUGUUUCUGGUCCUCUGCACUGUCGUCAUCCUGGCCAUUCGGAGGCAGCCACAGAAUCAGCAAAAAGUGGCCUUCAUGGUCCCGUUCUUACCAUUUCUGCCGGCCUUCAGCAUCCUGGUCAACAUUUACUUGAUGGUCCAGUUAAGUGCGGACACAUGGGUCAGAUUCAGCAUCUGGAUGGUCUUUGGCUUUCUGAUUUACUUCGCUUAUGGCAUCAGGCACAGCUUGGAGGGUAACCCCAGGGAUGAAGAAGAUGAUGAAGAUGCUUACUCAGACAACAUCCCAGCAGCAACAGAAGAAAAAUCUGCCAUGCAAGCAAAUGACCAUCACCAAAGAAACCUCAGCUUGCCUUUCAUAUUUCACGAAAAGACAAGUGAAUGCUGAUGUUGCCCCC